AUGGCAAAUCCUCAACAACCUGGUGCUCUACCCAGUGCCAUGGUUACAAAUCCUAAAGAUCAUAAUAAUGUGAGUGCUAUAACCACCAGAAGUGGUAAAACAAAAGAGGUUGAAGAGGAAAGUGCCGAAGAAGAAGAACCAUUGCUUGAAGUCGAUUUGGAAAUAAAAGAAAAUAAGGUAGAAGUUGAGGAUGCGGUUGUACCAGAACCAGUUAUGAAAGAGAGGGUUAUUGAGCAAAAACCGGUUGUUAAACUUCCUUUCCCCACAAGAAAUAAGAAGAAGGGGCAGCAUGAGAAGAUUUUUGAAAAAUUCUUGGAGAUGUUUAAGAAGCUUGAGUUAAACAUCCCAUUCCUGGAGGGUAUGAAGAUUCCGAUGAAAAAGAAGGAUGGAGGUUUUGUGACUAUUCAUUGCGCCAUUGGGGAUAGGUCAUUUAAGAAAGCCCUUAUUGAUUUGGGAGCAAGCGUGAGUCUUAUGCCAAUGUCCAUUUACAAGAGAUUGGGGAUAGGUAAAGUGCAAGAUACAAGAAUGACACUCCAAUUUGCUGAUCAUUCUAUGGAGACCAUACGGGAUAGUAGAAGAUAUGCUUGUAAAUAUUGA